AGGAAGCAGCAUGCAAGGCGGCCUCUGCGAAUGCACUAUCGCAGGCUUGGUAGUGGCAGCUGUGUCACUCCUUGUGCAGUACCUUUGGGUCGUGCUGAGGAGAUGUCUGCGAAGAGGCCUCCCGCCAGGUCCUUUCGGCGUGCCAGUGGUUGGCUACUUGCCAUUUAUGCCGAAAAAUCAUCACUGCAUUGAAGCUCUGAAGAACAAGUACGGGGGUGUCUUUGGGUUCCACGUUGGAAGCAAAUACGUGGUGUUCUUAUGCGACUUCGGUUCAGCGAAGGAGGCUCUCUCACAGGAGGCCCUACUCAACCGCCCACCAGAGUUCCCUUUUAAUGUUAAUGAGCAUUCGCAAGGCCUUCUUGUGGUAAAUGGACCACUGUGGAAGAUCCAGCGCCGCUUUUCCUUAAAGCUCUUCAACAAGCUUGGAAUUGCCACGCCUACUAUGGAGAGAUAUAUUCGCGAGGAGUUGAUGCACCUUGUCGGGAAGUUGCUGUCACUCCAGGGUCAGCCAGUGGUGCCGAUGGCGGUGCUGACGCCGAGCGCGUCAAAUAUAAUCUCGAUGCUGGUGUUCGGUCGGCGGUUCGAGUACGACGACCCAGAACGCGUCUACCUGGACAAGCUGAUUGACGUCAUCCCGGCGCUGGCGGCACAGACAUCGGCUGUCAACUUCUUCCCAAGGAUACGAAAACUGCUUCUGUUUUUUUGCGCGGGAACUUGCGAGAGGUUAAGGGAAGCACUCGUGCUCAGGGAAGAUUUCGCUGGGACAAAGGUUGAUGAGCACCAUGAGACCUACAAGGACGGCGUUGUCCGAGACUACAUAGACGGCUUCCUCAGCGAGAUGAAACAACAAGAAAACGGACGGAACAAGAGCUUUACUCGCAACAUCCUCAAGGGUAACGUAGCCACGUUCUUCGGCGCUGGCAGUGAAACAGUGCGUUCGACCAUGGAGUGGCUGCUGCUAAUGUGUGCAGCGAGGCCCGAGCUUCAACGCCGGAUACAGACCGAAAUUGACGCCGCGCUUGAGGAAAGCCAGAGUGCGCACGUCCACUGGGGAGACCGUGGAGAGUUGGCGUACACGCAGGCAUUCAUCUGGGAAAUGAUGCGAUUCAAGCCACCCACGCCGCUCAACCCGAUGCGACACACUGAUGCAGACAUCAAGGUCGGAGGUUACAUCAUUCCACGCGGAAGCAUUGUGAUCGUGUCGUUCUGGUCCAUCUUCCACGACAAGUCUGUCUGGGGAGACCCAGAUGUGUUCAGGCCAGAACGUUUCCUCAUCGAUGGCGGGACCCGUGCCGUGAAGCCAGAACAAUUCAUACCCUUCUCAUACGGCAAGCGUUCCUGCCCAGGUGAAUCGAUCGCCAACAUGGAAGCAUUCCUGUACUUAACCACCAUCCUGCAGCACUUCGUCGUCGAGGCACCGUCUAAGGGCACUGGUCUCGUCUUUGACGAAGUGGCCGGCAUCUCCCUCCGACCGAAGCCGCAAGAGCUAAUCUUUCGACCACGACAACCGGGCACAUGAAUAGCUCAAUGCUCGUCAAAUUACAUCAAGACGGCAUCUGCUGCUUUUAUUAACUGCCGUGUCAUUCCGCGCUUUCCUUGCUUAAUGCAUGCGUCGAAAUAGUCACCAUUCCCGCAAUAAAUUUAUUCGGGAGGAAAGCUCGAUAAUCGCAAUAGCUUUCAGCCCCGAAUUCCAGGGGCUGCUUUUCGAUUUUGGUGGUUCUAUAUUGAAGGAAGCGAAGGGCCAGGA